AUGGCGCCUCGAAUUGCUCUCCCCGAAGAAAUACACCAGCGGAAGAUAAUUGGUAUCAACCCGGAGACAGUUGCGAACCCCUCUGCGACAGAUUUCCCAAGCCAUUGGCCAGGUGAAAACCAUGCGUGGUCCAUCAGCAAGUUCAGCCAGGAUUUAAAAAUAGAAUUCCACAAUAAUGAGCCUCUCGAAGCUUCGUUUUCGUUAAUAGGGGUAGACGCCUCCAUUGCGAACGCUUUUCGCCGUAUUCUUCUUGCCGAAAUCCCCGCACUCGCUAUCGAAUACGUUUACAUCCAGAAUAAUACCUCUGUUAUACAAGACGAAGUUCUCGCGCAUCGCCUGGGAUUAAUUCCCCUCAAAGGCUCUCUAGAAGGAAUAAACUGGCUCCGAUGGUUCAAGGUGCCCAAAGAAGGCGACCCAGACAGCGGAAGUGCGCAUGAAGAUUCAAACACCAUCGUUCUACGACUAGUCAAGGAGUGCACGAAAAAUCCCAAUGCUAGCCCGGGCGAGGAGGACCCAACUGUACUUUAUAACAAUGCGCAUAUCUACGCCAAGGACCUUGUCUUCGAGCCCCAGGGUCGACAGGAGAGAUACUUCCAUGGAGACGGCGCUAUUCAGUCAUCCAAUCCAGAUAUCUUAUUGGCAAAAUUAAGGCCCGGCCAAAAGAUCGAUAUCGAAAUGCAUUGUAUCAAGGGGAUAGGAGCGGACCACGCAAAAUUCUCACCAGUUGCGACAGCGUCAUAUCGACUUCUACCUGAUAUUCAAAUAGUCCGCCCGAUUCUAGGAAAUGACGCUCUGAAAUUUGCAGGUUGCUUCCCAAGGGGGGUGAUCGGAAUUGAAAAUGUCACUGCAGCAGAAGCCGCCCAGGCUGGUAGUGGCUAUGAGGGAAAGGAAGGGGAGAAAAGAGCGGUCGUCGUUGAUCCAUUCAAAGAUACGGUUAGCAGAGAAUGUUUGCGGCACGACGAGUUUAAGGGCAAAGUCAAGCUUGGCCGAGUACGAGAUCAUUUUAUCUUUAACAUUGAAAGUACCGGACAGUUCAACAGCGACCUUAUGUUCCUGGAAAGUAUUAAGGUCCUCAAGUUUAAGUGUCAGAGACUGAAGCGGAAUGUUGCUAGCUUAUCAGAGAUGACAGACACGCAUGCCUAA